AUGUCUCCUGCAGCUGGCGCAAACGAAAAGGAGUCCAACCUCGCCCGAGUGCUCGGUUCCGGCUCUGCUGGUAUUGCCGAGCUGGCCGUCUUCCACCCCGUCGACACAAUUGCGAAGCGACUGAUGAGCAACCAGACCAAGAUUGCCAAUGCCAGCGAACUGAACAAGGUCAUCUUCAAGGACACAGCCACCGCAUCUGCCGGCCGCAAGUUCUUCUCUCUGUUCCCCGGUCUUGGCUACGCCGCCGGCUACAAGGUCCUUCAGCGUGUAUACAAGUACGGCGGUCAGCCCGUGGCCCGUGACUGGCUCAGCCAGCAUUAUGGCAAAGACUUCGAGAACACCUUUGGCAAGAAGACUGGCAAGGCCGUCAUGCACUCCACUGCUGGCAGUUUGAUUGGUAUCGGUGAAAUUGUUCUCCUGCCCCUCGAUGUCCUUAAGAUCAAGCGCCAGACCAACCCCGAGGCUUUCCGCGGCCGUGGUGUCAUGAAGAUUAUCGGUGACGAAGGCUUCGGGCUGUACCGUGGCUGGGGCUGGACUGCUGCCAGAAACGCUCCUGGUUCCUUUGCUCUGUUCGGUGGCUCUGCCUUUGCCAAAGAGUACCUCUUCAACUUGCAAGACUACAACAAGGCCUCUUGGUUCCAGAACUUUAUUGCUUCUAUUGCCGGUGCCUCUGCUUCCCUUGUCGUCUCUGCUCCUCUCGAUGUUAUCAAGACCCGUAUCCAGAACCGCAACUUUGAGAACCCCGAGAGCGGUUUCCGCAUCCUGUCCAACAUGGCCCGCAACGAAGGCUUCUCCAGUUUCUUCAAGGGUCUUGUGCCCAAGCUCCUCAUGACUGGCCCCAAGCUGGUCUUCUCCUUCUGGUUGGCGCAGACGUUGAUUCCCGCGUUUGAUGUCAUGUUCCGAAAGUAA